AUGAAAAAUAUUAGUUCUUAUUUUAAACAUAGAAAAAUAGCCAUUACCAUUAUUGUUACUGAGGUGCUGGUCUUGUGAUGUUGGUGAUCAUGGACCUCUUCCUUUCUCUCUCAUGUGCCAUCCUUAUGAUCUCCAACACACUGUAUCCUCCUCUUGCUCGCCUUCCUGCCACUUUUCCUAAUAGACAAUCCCUUUCCAAUCCUCUUUGUCUCAUUAUGUGUCCCAAGAACAUCAAUUGUCAUUUUCUGAUGAUUCAAUAACUGACCACCCUAGCACCUUGCAACACUUCUUUAUAUGUUACUUUUCUGUCCAUGAGAUCCUCCUCAUUCUUCUUAUGAAUCACAUCUCUGCAGCUUCUAAGUUUUUCAUUUUCACUUGCUUUCACUAUCCAUGUUUCACAACCAUAUACUAAUGUUGACCAUGCAAAACAUUACAACCUCAUUCUUGUCCCCGUAUUCAAGCUAAUAUUUGUCAGGACCUUCCUCAUAUUUCCAAAUGCUAUCGUUGCUAUUCCAGUUCUUCUUGUUAUUUCCCCCACAUUUCCACCACCUCUACUGACUAAGCUCCUGAGGUAGUUAAAACUUUCAACUUGCUUUAUAAUCCUUCCAUUGACCUUUGUUUCCAUUCUAAUGUACUGUUUUUUCUUCACUAUCACUAUGGUUUCAAUUUUUCCUGCAUUAAUUUUCAGUCCUUUCCUCUUACAACUCUCCUGCAGCUUAGUCACCAAUUCUUAAAAGUUUCAAAAAUAAGAAUUACAUGGUUGUGUGGCUACUGAAAAACUAGCGGUUAGUUAGCAGCAAGCACAGCACAAACGCUUGACGAAAUGUGAUGAAAACAAUUCAACUGGUGCACAGAUUGCUGGUCAGUGGAUGAAAUUCCCAUCUUUUACUGUUGGGCUCCGAGUUGGAGAGACCCAAGUUAUGUUGCAUAACUGACCCUGACACAUUUUGGCUACUAGAAAUUGGUUCUCUUCAUUCUUUGGCUGAAAUAUGAGAAUGGAUGGAACACCUGAGAUGAUGGACGUGUCUACAGAGGAGGUGGCUGCUGAACCCUUAGUGGGAAUGAUGGACAUGGUUCUUCUAACCUUGCUGGGGGUUGUUUCCAUCUACUACUUCUUUAUCAGAAAUACAAACAAGAAAGAAGACAAUUCUGCCCUGAAAAGUUUCACAAUAUCUCCUACUCAGUUGGCACCUCGAGCCAGUGACUCCAGCUUCAUAUCGAAGAUGAAAUCAUCAGGAAGGAAUGUUAUAGUGUUCUACGGAUCACAGACAGGGACAGCUGAAGAGUUUGCAGGGAGGCUUGCUAAGGAAGCAACUCGUUUUGGUAUGAAGGGAAUGGUAGCAGACCCAGAGGAAUGUGACAUGAAUGAGCUGGCUCAGCUGACAGAAAUAGAUAAUCACUUGGCCAUAUUUUGUGUGGCCACUUAUGGGGAAGGAGAUCCCACAGAUAAUGCUCAGGAAUUUUAUGAGUUCUUGCAAAAUGGUGAUGAGCAGCUCGAUGGAAUGCAGUACACAGUGUUUGGGCUGGGAAACAAGACAUAUGAGCACUACAAUGCCAUGGCGAAGUAUGUUGAUAAGCGGCUGGGUGAGCUGGGAGCCAAGCGACUCUUUGAGUUGGGCAUGGGCGAUGAUGAUGCCAACAUGGAGGAUGACUUUAUCACGUGGAAGGAUGCCAUGUGGCCAAAGGUUUGUGAAGUAUUUGGCAUUGAUAGUCAGGCACAGGAUAUCAACAUGAGGCAGUACAGACUGACCGUUCUUGAGGACUAUGAUCCAGCACGUCUCUUCACUGGAGAGAUUGCUCGUCUCAAUUCGUUCAAGGUUGAAAACCAAAGACCACCAUUCGAUGCAAAAAAUCCAUUCAUGGCAGAAGUAGGUGUCAACCGAGAACUCUUUAAAGGUGGAAAUCGCAACUGUCUCCACAUUGAGUUGAACAUUGAAAGCUCAAGGAUACGGUAUGAUGCUGGUGAUCAUGUGGCUGUUUAUCCAGUCAAUGACCAAGCCUUGGUAUCCCAUCUCAUUGCAUUGGUUGGUGAGGAUCCUGAGAAGGUGAUAACACUCACCAAUGUGGAUGAAGACAGUAGUAAGAAACACCCAUUUCCUUGUCCCUGCACCUAUCGUGUUGCUCUCUCUCAUUAUGUGGACAUCACAGCUUUGCCUAGAACUCAUGUACUCAAAGAAAUUGCUGAGUAUGCUACUGAUAACAAGGAAAAAGAGAAACUGUUACUGAUGAGUGGCACAAGUGAGGCCGGGAAAGCCGAGUACCAGCGCUGGGUUGUCCAAGAUGUCCGAAACAUUGUGCACAUUUUGGAGGACCUUCCUUCAUGUAAACCUCCUCUUGACUAUCUGUGUGAACUUCUGCCAAGGCUUCAAGCAAGAUAUUACUCCAUCUCUUCAUCAAGCAAGUUGUAUCCUAACACGGUCCACAUAACAGCCAAUGUGCUCAAGUACGAGACUCCAACAGGACGAAUCAACAAAGGUGUCUGCACCACAUACAUGCAGAAUCAGAGACCUGACAAUGACACCAAGCUCCAUAUGCCCAUAUUUGUUAGGAAGUCACAGUUCAGAUUACCAAGUAAACCACAGACUCCAAUACUGAUGAUUGGGCCGGGCACUGGCAUUGCUCCUUUCCGAGGCUUCAUCCAGGAGAGAAACCUCCAAAAAGAAGAAGGAAAGCCAGUGGGGAAAACUGUACUUUACUUUGGGUGCCGGAACAAGGCCAAUGACUACCUGUAUGAAGAAGAGCUCACUGCCUAUAGAGACUCGGGUCUUUUAAAGCUGUAUGUAGCCUUCAGUCGGGACCAGCCAGAAAAAGUUUAUGUGACGCACCUUCUAGAGGGAAACAAGAAAGAAGUUUGGGAAAUCAUUGGCAAAGAAAAUGGUCAUUUGUAUGUGUGUGGAGAUGCAAAGUGCAUGGCCAGAGAUGUUCAUGCACUCAUCAUCAAGAUUUGCCAGACUGAGGGCGGGAUGACUCAGGAGGAAGCAGAGCAGUACGUGAGAAAGAUGAUUAACCAGAAACGUUAUUCAUCAGAUGUUUGGAGUUAAAAGUUUUUGAGGUCAGAUUAUCAUCUCUACAUUUUAACAAAUAUAUAAAUUAACUUUAAGGACAAAAAUCACUUUGAUAUAUUGUGCACACACACACACACACACACACACACACACACACACACACACACACACACACACACACACACACACACACACACACACACACACAUUAUUUGGUAGCUCAGUGGUAGUGUCCUUGCUAGUCACUUAACAGAUUGAGAUUAUCACCGUGGUCAGAUUGCUAAGGUUUUCUGUAAUAAGUAAGCAAGGACUGUUUCCUUUAACAAGAGGAUGUGGUGUGUAAAAGGUCAAAGCUUAAUAACUCCCACAUAAGACUAUGAAGGAAAGGAACAGAAUAUAGGUGCACAUUAUAUGAGUAUCAUAUAAUAAUGAUAUUACAAUACCAACAUGUCUUACUUAAUUUUCUCUCUCUCCCUCUCUCAGCAUAAUUUGCCUGUAUUCUAGGCUGUCAUUCCUGCUAAGGGCUAAAGAAAAUAAGAUGAACAGCCUCAGGGACAGUCUUUUAAAUGAAAACUUUGCCAAGCACUAAAUUAAUCUUGCACAAUUUGUGGUAAGGAUUGACUGUACACACACACACACUCAUUACAUUACAUUACAUUACGUUACAUUCCAUGAGUUAUUUGGAAAGAUUGGUUAUUUUGACCAGGAAAUCAUCUGUACACAUAGGCUGUGGCACCACUGAGAGCAAGCAUUAGUAGGGGCAAGAAUCUUUUUGACAUUACAGUCCUUGAAGGUGGGUGUACUGGCAGUGAUCAGAGAUGACAGCAACAUCUUUAGCCAGGAGGUGUACUGCAAAAAGAGUUUUUUCUUGUGGAGACUUAGGUAACAUUGCCAUGGCAGCUCCUGCCUUCAGUGUCUCCCAAUGUGGCCUCUCAAACUGUCUUGGUCACUUGUCUCUUGCUCGCAGUGUGGCCAUGGCUCUUAUUUUACCUUAAGCUAUGAAAAAGAUUUUUGAAACUGGCUAUUGCUCCUGUAUCCUGGAAGAACAAGGAAGGGAAGGAGGUUAAGGACAGGUUAGAAAAGAGGGUUUGGAUGGAUUUUCAAAAUUACAUGAAGACCCAGAAGCCACUCCCUUUUGAAAGUAGAAUGAAAUAAGCAUCUAUUUGUUGAAGAUCUACUUAGAAUAACCUGUUCUUCCACCAAACUUUGCCUCCUUCACACUGCCUUACUCUCACUAAGGUUCAAAGGUAGUGGCUAUAUUAUAUAAUUCUAAAGAUUUGCAUAAUUCCAAAAGUAGGUCAAAAGAAGCAUAUAUGUAGAAAUUUUUAUUUAUCUUAUUUCUUUUUUGUACUCAGAAUAACCUAUUCUUUUACCUCUUCAAGUACUUGCUUUAAUUCAUGAGAUACACUGAAUAUAUAUAUAUAUAUAUAUAUAUAUAUAUAUAUAUAUAUAUAUAUAUAUAUAUAUAUAUAUAUAUAUAUAUAUAUAUAUAUAUAUAAUCAAGUUUCCUUUCUGACUGUUCUAUUGCUGUUGUGGUAGACGGUCACUGUACUUCUCCUAAAUCUAUUAGUAGUGAUGUUCCUCAGGGUUCUGUCCUGUCACCCACUCUCUUCUUAUUAUUCAUUAAUGAUCUUCUAAACCAAACUUCUUGUCCUAUCCACUCCUACGCUGAUGAUACCACCCUGCACUUUUCCACGUCUUUUCAUAGAUGUCCAACCCUUCAGGAGGUAAACAUAUCACGCAGUGAAGCCACAGAAUGCCUGACUUCUGAUCUUUCUAAAAUUUCUGAUUGGGGCAGAGCAAACUUGGUAUUGUUCAAUGCCUCAAAAACUCAAUUCCUCCAUCUAUCAACUCGACACAACCUUCCAGACAACUAUCCCCUCUUCUUCAAUGACACUCAACUGUCCCCCUCUUCUACACUGAACAUCCUCGGUCUAUCCUUUACUUAUAAUCUGAACUGGAAACUUCACAUCUUAUCUCUAGCUAAAACAGCUUCUAUGAAGUUAGGCGUUCUGAGACGUCUCCGCCAGUUUUUCUCACCCCCCCAGCUGCUAACUCUGUACAAGGGCCUUAUCCGUCCAUGUAUGGAGUAUGCUUCACAUGUCUGGGGGGGUUCCAAUCAUACUGCUCUUCUAGACAGGGUGGAAUCAAAAGCUUUUCAUCUCAUCAACUCCUCUCCUCUAACUGACCGUCUUCAGCCUCUCUCUCACAGCCGCAAUGUUGCAUAUCUAGCUGUCUUCUACCGCUAUUUUCAUGCUAACUGCUCUUCUGAUCUUGCUAACUGCAUGCCUCCCCUCCUUCCGCGGCCUCGCUGCACAAAACUUACUUCUUUCUCUGAUCCCUAUUCUGUCCACCUCUCCAAUGCAAGAGUUAACCAGUAUUCUCAGUCAUUCAUCCCUUUCUCUGGUAAACUCUGGAACUCCCUGCCUGCUUCUGUAUUUCCACCUUCCUAUGACUGGAAUUCCUUCAAGGAGGAGGUUUCAAGACACUUAUCCACCAAUUUUUGACCACUGCUUUGACCCUUUUAUGGGACUGGCAUUUUAGUGGCCAUUUUUUUUUUUUAUUAGAUUUUUGCUGCCCUUGGCCAGUGUCCUUCCUACAUAAUAAAAAAAAAAAAAAAAAAAAAAAAAAAAAAUAUAUAUAUAUAUAUAUAUAUAUAUAUAUAUAUAUAUAUAUAUAUAUAUAUAUAUAUAUAUAUAUAUAUAUAUAUAUAUAUAUAUAUAUAUAUAUAUAUAUAAAAUGAGGCACCCAUAGUCAGAAUGACGUAAGUAAACUCGUGACCAAAAUAAUUUUUAUUGCAUUGUCUUUCCCAACCUUCCUACCGUUAUGGGAGAGAGCAUGGAUGUCAGAAUGGACCCUGCAAUAGUGUCAAAAAUCCAUCCAAGUGAAGUUAUCCAUGGAACCUUCUCAUCGUGCUUGAGUGAUAGGUAUCAGCUGCUGGGGCCAGAGAGAAGCAAUUCUCUUGCCACAGCAGCAUGAAAAAGAGCCAGUCAAUGAGGGCUCAUGCUGCGACCACCACACCCACACAUUUCACUCUCUCCCUCCCUUUAGCCUACUUGGUACCCUUAAAUGACAGGGUGCUGUUCUAAUUUUGCUUUUAUUCAACAUGUAAGCCUUUUAUUAUUAUGGCGGACAACAGCACACACCCUGAGGAGCCAGGACCCUCCAGAGGAAGAGAAAUGGAAGAAAGAUAUUUCUAAAAGACGAAGAAGCAUGAGGGAAGCCUUUGUGAGCUUUGGAAACAUCAGAUGAUUUUAUUUCUUUAUAUUCUAUUAUCCUUUAUAGCGGGUAUAUUGUCAUAAUGUUUAUUAGUUCUUUUGUUUUACUUCUUCCAGUUUAAUUUUUUAAGCUUGUAUCAUUCUCUUCAUUUGUGUUCAUCUUAGGAAGUACUUGUAUGCUGCUUAUGUUUUCAUUUUCAUAAAAUUGAUAAGUUCACUAAAAAGAAGACUUUUAAUGGUUGUGAUUCCCCUAUUAGUACAUAGAAAAUAAAGCAACUUGAUAGAGUAUAGGAAUUAUACAAUGUGUGGGCGCUAGGUAAAAUUUUAAUGUAGCUGUGUGAUAUCCAUAACAAAAUUGUAUCAAAGAAAAAAAGUCACCUAUUUAUUUUUAAUAAUGUAAUUUAAUUGUAACUUCACAAUGUAAUCCAACUGAAUAGUUGUAAAGCACAUCAUAAAUUACUGAAUAUUUUGAUACCAAUCAUUACUUUCUAAAUCCACUGAAAAGAUAUUGCAUUUUGAAACUCGUAAAAUUUUGACUGUUUUUGUCUGCUUUCAAAUUUCAGCUCUUAUGUCACUCUGGUUCUUGGGGCCUCUCUCUCUCUCUCUCUCUCUCUCUCUCUCUCUCUCUCUCUCUCUCUCUCUCUCUCUCUCUCUCUCUUAUAAACACACACACACACACACACACACACACACUCAGUACUAGUCAUAAGUAUUGGGGAUCAGGCUUUGGGGGGGUCCAAUACUUAUGGUAAAAAAAGCAUUGGUCCUCAUGAGAGUGAACCAUUUUAGCCAAAAGUAUCAGCCCCUUCCAUGAUGUCACUGCAUCCCUCAGCUUUGUGCCACUGACUCUUAAGCCUUCCCUCAGCAUUCCUUGGUGAGCAGUGACCUGCAGCAACUUUUCCACAUCCUGAUGUAUUAUUGUGCAAUAACAUCUUGUGAUAACUCAUUCUUUUUGCUACUAUGACUAAAACAAAAGAGUAUUCAUCCGAGACUAUUGAGAUCAUAGGCUUCAAGGAAGCAGAUCAUUCAGUUAGAGAAAUAACUGAACAGUUGGCAGCAUCCAGGACAAGUCGAGUGUUGGUUACGGCAGUUCAGGGAGGGAGGGAAUUGUGAUGUGCCUCAACCUAAAAAAAAAAACAGACUGGGCACCCCAGAGAGCUGUUACUGUCUUAAAGCAUGCAGUGGUCUUGAUAUCAGACUCUACUGCAUGCUUUAAGACUGUAACAGCCCUCUUAUUUGUCUUCCAGGGACUUGAGGCAUAUCACAAUUCCCUUCCUCCUUGAACUGCUGUAACCAAAGCUUGACUUGUCCUGGAUGCUGCCAACUGUUCAGUUAUUUCUCUAACUGAAUGAUCUACUUCCUUGAGGCUCAUGAACUAAUUUAAGUUUCAGAUGAAUACUCUUGUUUUAGCCAUAUUAGCAAACAAGGAAUUAUCACAAGACAUUAUUUUAAAAUAAUACACCAGGAUGCAGAAAAGUUGCUGCAGGUCACUGCUCUCUAAUACACACCAAGGCACGCUGAAGGGAGGCUAUAAGUCAGUGGCAUGAAGCUGAGAGAUGCGGUGACAUCAUGGCAGGGGCUGAUACUUUUGGGUAAAAUGGUUCACUCUCAAGAGGACCAUGCUUUUUUCUGCCAUAAGUAUUGGACCCCCCCCAGCUGGAAGUCCAAUGAUAAAAUAUAUGACACCAGUUACAAAGGAUUCCCCUAAGGGAAUGAAUAGCCAUGGUUUUUACUGGAGAAUUUUGUAAGUAAAUUUUGAAUGAUAAUUGACAAAUUCAAGUGCAACAUUGGUGAAUAUUUUGUAUAGUUUAACAUUGUAUUAAUAACUAGUAAAUAUAACAUUUCCCUAUGUUUGAACAUGGCUAUAAAAGCUGAGCUUUACAGUUUUAGUGAGUGGCAGUUCAUGGUUAUGGUAUGAGGAAGGUGGUGCUUCCUUGGUGUGCAUGAAGUGUCUUGGACUACAAACCCAUACAAAAUUAUUUUUGUUUUUGUUUUUAUAUUUCAUUUUUUUUUUUUUUACAAAUAUUUUGAGAGUUUUAUAAAAGCAUAGGUAUCAACUACAAAAUGUUUAUAUCAUAGUUUUGCAAAGAUUUGUUAGAUGUUAUGAAGAAUUUAGUAAUGAGUGACCUGAAUUCCUUUCCAUCACAUCUCAGGAAUAAGAUAGUACUGUUGUAAAUUUUGAGUUUCCAGUUAAAAUGGUGUUGUGUUGGUGCUAUGAUGGUAGAAGUUAGCAUUUACAUGACUGAGUUUCAUUAUAAGUGUAUGAGCUAGCUAUAUUGUUUAAAAUCUCUUAUGUAUUUUUCUUAUUUAAAAAUUUCUUACUUACAUUGUUUCAAAAGUUUAUAUUAAACUACUUGUUGAAC